AACAAAUUCCCACCAAUAAAAGCCUCAUGCACAAAUCAUGAUUCUCACAUUCACACACUCUUUGCCCCUUAUAAAGCAAAGGUCAGUAAUCCCCAUUGCACACAUCAAAACAAUGGCAACUCUCUUGCCACAAGAUGAGGACCACAUUUUCCGAAGCCCCUACCCUUCGAUUCCAGUACCGGAUGACGUGACUCUACCGGAGUUCGUGCUUCAGGGUUUCGAAUUGUAUGCCGAUAGCGUCGCGUUCGUGGAGAGCGAGAGCGGUAAAGAGUACACUCAUGGGGAAGUGGUUAGAGAGACCAAGAGGUUUGCCAAGGCCUUGAGGUCUCUGGGGUUGAGAAACGGGCGGGUGGUGGUCGUUCUGCUCCCAAACGUGGCGGAGUACGCCAUUGUCGCGCUCGGGAUAAUGGCGGCUGGUGGAGUGUUCUCGGGUGCGAAUCCGUCUGGGCAUGCGUCGGAGAUUAAGAAGCAGGUGGAGGCGGCUGAUGCCAGGCUUAUUGUCACCAAUGGGCCAAAUUACGAGAAGGUGAAGGGUCUAGGAGUGCCAAUCAUAGUACUAGGCGAACAAAGAGUCGAAAGCGCCAUAUAUUGGGAAGAACUUCUUGAAGCCGCAGAUCGUGCCAGCAACGGUACUAUCACCGAACCCAUAGCCCAAACCGAUCUCUGCGCCCUCCCGUUCUCCUCCGGCACCACCGGUACCUCAAAAGGCGUGAUGAUAACUCAUCGGAACCUCAUUUCCAACCUCUGCUCCACUCUCUUCAGCGUACGCCCCGAACUAAUUGGAAAAGUGACCACGCUUGGCCUAAUGCCGUUCUUCCACAUAUAUGGCAUGGCAGGAAUAUGUUGCGCUACGCUGAAAAACAAGGGGAAAGUGGUGGUGAUGGGACGGUACAAAAUCGAUACGUAUCUGAACGCGUUGAUUGAUCACGAGGUCACGUUCGCACCAAUCGUGCCUGCGAUUAUUUCCGACAUGGUUAAGAAUGCUGCGGUCGAUGAUUUUGAUCUUGGUAAGAUUAAAUUGCAUGCUGUUAUGACUGCAGCGGCUCCCCUGGCGCCAGAGGUACUUAGUGCGUUUGAGAGGAAGUUCCCUGGUGUGGUUGUACAAGAGGCAUACGGAAUGACGGAGCAUAGCUGCAUCACUCUUACCCACGGGGAUCCAGAAAUGGGCCAUCGAAUUGCAAAGAAAAACUCUGUCGGGUUUGUGCUUCCAAAUUUGGAAGUCAAGUUUAUCGACCCAAACACGGGUCGAUCUCUCCCCAAGAACACUCGGGGCGAAAUCUGCGUGAGAAGCCAAUGCGUAAUGAAAGGUUAUUAUAAAAACAAGGAGGAAACCGCUCAGACCAUCGAUGAAAACGGGUGGCUUCACACGGGUGAUAUCGGGUACAUCGAUGAUGACGGAGAUGUUUUCAUUGUGGAUCGCAUAAAAGAACUCAUCAAAUACAAAGGAUUUCAAGUGGCUCCUGCUCACUUGGAAAAUAUCAUCCUAACUCAUCCCUCUGUUGCAGAUGUUGCUGUUAUUCCAUUACCCGAUGAAGAGGCAGGGGAGAUACCGGCAGCAUGCGUAGUGAUGGACUCGAAUGCAAGAGAAAGUGAAGAAGAUAUAAUGAAGUAUGUUGCCUCUAAUGUUGCAAGCUAUGAGAGGGUGAGAGUGGUGCAGUUUGUGGGUGCAAUCCCUAGAUCAGCUUCAGGGAAAAUUCUCAGAAGGGUUCUGAAAGAAGAGAUGGUUAAAAACAUGGUCAUCAGAACCAACCCAAAACUGGUGCGACAUUGUUAAAAGUCCACCGAAAUUCCCAAGUUUGAAAUUGGGUACAAUGUUAAGUCAAUAAUACUUGGUUUUGCGCCGUCCACGCCUUUGUUGCCUCCGUUCCCCUGCUUCUAUAUCCCAAUGCGCAAUGCGCGCUUUCGCAGAACAAUUGUGUAUUGAAAUUCAUGUGUUUUGAGAUUCUUACUGCAAAAUCAAAGAUUAUUUGCCUUCGGCUAGUGGCUUAAA